AAUGGAAGUGGCAGAUCAUGUGUUUCCGUUUCCCCGCGGAGCUCUCCUCUCCUACGUAAGCGUCUCCGCCAUAUUGUGAGUGGCCUUGCAGCUGUGGAAAGCCUCGAGAAGAGCACUUAGCGCUGAUAUUUUAAACUUUUUCGAGCAAGAUGCCUCAUUCGUGUGCUGCGCUGGAUUGUACAAAGCGAUGUACGGUCCAGACCAGAACCUCGGGCGUCACCUUUCACAGGUUCCCAAAAGAAACAAACCUGAGAAAACGAUGGGUGAAAGCCAUCAGGAGGAAGGGCUUCUCUCCCAACACGUCUACCAGGCUCUGCAGUGAACACUUUAAACAGGAGGACUUUGACAGGACGGGGCAGACUGUCCGACUCAGAGAGGGAGUUGUUCCUUCAAUCUUCAGUUUUUCGACCCCUCCUAAAAAGCGACGGGCAGCUAAAACCACCAAGGCUUUACUCAAGAAAGACGAGAGCAAGGAAGUGGCGAGUGCCCCGCCUCCACCAAAACAAGAACCACCACCCUGUCCUGAUUUAGACCACUCCUAUGCACUGCCUCCAUCUUUGGGCGAUCUGAAGGUAAAACUCUGCGAGGCGUUGGAAAGAGUGGAGAGUCUGGAAAGAGAAAUGAGGAACGCCAAGGAUCGGGAACGGAGAGCAAAGAAUGCGUUGCACGUCCUGGUGGAGGAUCUGAAGGGGAAGAACCUCAUAAACGAAGAACUAAAACAAAGGCUUGAGUUAUCAUGAGACGUCAUGACAAUGUGGACUUGGUGAACAUUAAUUUAGGUGUAAUACACCUUGAUAAUUCUCAUCUGACUUUAUAGUUAAUAUUUUAAGUGACUCAGUAUUAUUUUAAGCUUUAAUUUAUAAAAAAAAAAAAAAAAACUUGCCUGUCGUGGAGUUCAUCACUGGUAUCCUGCUGAUGAUGAUGCUGGAGCAUUUUCCAUAUCAGUGAUGCUUCUCCUCCCAUGAUGGUAGCUGGGACAGCUUGGAGCGCCACUUCAGUUCAAUGAGGCAUCAGGGGGUUGAUGAAACAACCAGUCUGGUUUGGUAUCUCUCCAAGCAAAUCUGGAAAACUAAAAGCACAGCACAAGACCGUCUCCCUUCCCCUUUCUCAACUAUCGCCCACUCCAUCAGCAGAACAGUUUCCACCGCUUUCCUUCAACAUUUCUGUUGUCUUUCAUUUGCAACUUGGUGCUUAAUUUAUUUAUUUUUCUGUUCAGAAGAAUUGUGCUCACCUCAACGAGCAAAUCUGAGAGGAAUCCCAUUUUUGGUACUGACAUGCAUAAAAUCCAUGCUGCUGUCUUUUCAUUAUAGUUUUUAGUUAUGCCCUUGGUUGUCUCUCCUUCACCACAAUGCCAAACUAAACAUUCUUCAAGAUUAUGGUGGACAUGCAAAAAACUGAAAGACCUUUCUGCUGCAAGGGUUUAGUGGAGAUGUUGUAGGUCUCUGGAGUGUGUUGUGAUGCUGGAAGUGAGGCCUUAGCAGCACAAGACACAAGUUUUGGCAAACAAAAAGUUUUUUAAUAAAUUUUUUGAUGUCUAGUCCUCUUCUUCAGUUUCCUCAUAAAUCUGACAUUUAUCAACUUAAACUUUUCUGGAUUUUAGUCAGUGGCUUGCACUGCUACCUUGCAGCAAGAGGCUGUGGUGUAGACCUGUGAUGAAUAAAUUUAUUUCGGUCCAAAUUAAGUAGUUCUGCAGAAACAAGUUAGUUUUGGCCCUUAUAUACUAAAAGUUUGGCGUUUUACACAGUCUUAACUUUAAUCAAAACUGCAAAAAGAAACAAUUUUACAGAUAAAAUCAUCCUUUUAAAAUUGCUCUUUAUAUAUUUGUUUAUAUUUUGUUUAAUAUUUUUUUACACUUAAUAAAUUUAAAGUUCCGUGUAA